UGUAUGCAAGUGUAGGCUAAUCCUUUUUAACUAACCGUGGACUACGGUACCGUGCAACUGUUGCAGUUAGAACUUCGGCAUUUAGUCAGCAGAGGUCGUGAACCCUGCACACGACCCCGGUCCAUGUACGGUGUAAACAGAGUGUUUCCAUUGAUCUACUUUGACACGUGUUGUCUAGGGGUACUCGCUGUUCUGGCUCGUUGUACAUACGCCCAUCGUCGACCGGGAUAUAGCGACAUAUUCUGCUCGACGUCCACGUAACAAGGUGAGCACUAUAACCGUAGUGACUAUGGCUUGCGUGAAAUUACUGCAGAGAAGUGGGAGUUCCGUCCACGGCAUGGCGAGGGCCUGCACAGCGCCCUCUAUGCACUUCAGUACAACACCAUGUGCCAAGGCGAAAAAGAAUUAUGAAGUUGUUAUUGUUGGUGGCGGUGCCGGUGGCUGUGCUAUGGCUAGUAAGAUUGGGAGACGUCUAGGAAAGGGAAAAGUAGCCGUAGUGGAGCCACACGAGACACAUUACUACCAACCGUACUGGACUCUAGUUGGUGCUGGCCUCAAAAAAAUUGAGAACUCGUGCAAACCUUCCAGCGAAGUCAUUUCCAAUAAGGCUGACUGGCUGAAAGACAAGGUGCAAGAAUUCCAACCUGAAAAUAAUUUAAUUCUAACUAAAAAUGGAGAUGAAAUAAAAUAUGAAUAUUUGAUUGUUGCUGUGGGACUGACGCUUCAUUAUGAUUGGCUGGACAAUGCGGCGUUCUGGACAAAACAAUCAAGUCAGUCAUGCAAGGAAAGGAACCGAAACAACUGGUAA